AUGGCCGACUCAAGGGGCCGUCCGGCUUCCUCUGAUCCACGCGAUAUCCGCAGAGCAAAAAGUCCUCAAGAUGCGGCCGACUCCCCUGUACCAUCGUCUCAUGCCUCAAGAUAUGCUUCGACAGCAAGAUUGGCCUCUCCAGUUCCCUCUUCACCUCAUCUAGGUACCCCACCCGUCCGGCAAGUACCAACCCCAAGUCAAAUCGCAGAAGCCAAGCAAGAUGAGCUGCCCAAGGUCGAAGCACAAUCUUCACUCCCGGGUCCCGGACAGUCGGCGAUUGCUGCCGCUCUAGCACAGAAAAGAGACCGCAAUAGUCCUCAAAGUGGUACACCGCCACGAAGAAUAUCUUCACCGGCCACUGCUGGCAAGGCAAUUGAACAGGCAGAGAAUCGAAGCAAUUAUGGUUCAGUUGAUCUGCGAGGUGGGGCUGGUAGUCCCGCCCCUUAUGAAGAUGCAGAGAUUGUUCGGAGACAUCUGGUCAAGCCAGAAAAUGGCAGCGGAAGGUUGGGAAGGCCGUUAAAUGGAAGCCAUGAGGCAGGACAGGGUCUGGAUGACGACGAAUUCUCAAGCUUAAGAUUGCAAGGUGGAGAUAUCACCAGACCUAUCUACAGAUGGACAGAAGAGCAUGGCGCGAGUUCUGGCAGACAAAACAGGAGAAGUCAAAGCUUUCAUGUCACGAGGCCAGAGCCAGACAGCGAAGUGCUGGAUAUCUCGAACAUCAAAAUUCCUGGGGGAUUUCGAAGAAAUUUCAUUCGAAUGGCAGCUGAUAGUCCCGAGCCUUCAAAUAGGGUGUCCUAUGGAGGUACGGAUGCAGGAGGCCGCGCUCCAGCCCCAGCAGCACAAAAUCGCCCGCCACCAAAACUGUUGACCAACAAUUUCCUGGAAUUCUUGACGAUAUAUGGGCACUUUGCGGGAGAAGAAUUGGAGGAAGAUGACGAAGUGCUGGAACCGGAUGAGUAUUUCUCCUCUGAUGCCUGGGAUGCUCGAGGCUACGAGGAUGAAGAAAGCGAUCGCGAGCCUGGUGAAGGCAGCGCCCUAAUCACUCCCAGAACGCCGGGUGGCCGAAAACGAAAGCAUAAAGAACGCGGUACUGGAAACAACACAAGCUUUGGCGCUGUUCUCCUUCUUCUGAAAUCGUUCGUGGGUACCGGUGUACUGUUUCUUCCGCGGGCUUUUCUCAAUGGUGGCAUGCUUUUCUCUACUCUGGUUCUGCUUGGGGUCGCUCUGCUAAGUUUCCACUGCUUUAUUCUGCUCGUCAACACGCGGCUGAAGAUCGACGGAUCCUUUGGUGAUAUCGGUGGGAUUUUGUAUGGAAGAUGGAUGCGGACACUGAUACUGUCUUCGAUCGUCCUCAGCCAGAUUGGCUUUGUCUCAGCAUACAUUGUCUUCACAUCUGAGAAUCUACAAGCGUUCAUUCUUGCCGUAUCCAAGUGCAGAACGUAUAUCAACAUCAAGUGGAUGGUGCUGAUGCAGCUCGUCAUAUUCCUUCCACUGAGCUUGAUCCGAGACAUCAGCAAACUGGGAUUCACCGCCCUCAUUGCAGAUGUCUUCAUCAUGCUCGGCCUCAUCUACCUGUACUAUUACGAUAUCGCCACCAUCGUUGACCAAGGCGGGAUCUCAGAUGUUACCUCUUUCAACCCAGCAACCUGGACCCUGUUUAUCGGCACCGCCAUCUUCACUUUCGAAGGCGUGGGUCUGAUCAUUCCUAUCCAAGAGUCGAUGAAACAACCCCGGACAUUCCCUUUUGUCCUCGCCCUCGUCAUGGUCAUCAUCACUAUCCUCUUCACAUCCAUGGGCGCUCUCUCCUACGCCGCGUAUGGCUCCGCCACCAAAACAGUUGUAAUCCUCAACCUACCGCAAGACGACAGAUUCGUCAACGCGGUGCAGUUCCUCUACAGCCUGGCCAUCCUCCUCAGUACACCAUUACAGCUCUUCCCCGCCAUCCGGAUCAUGGAGAACGAACUCUUCACCCGCAGCGGGAAAUACAACCGCUGGAUCAAGUGGAAAAAGAACGUCUUCCGCUUCGUGCUCGUCAUGCUCUGCGCCAUGGUCGCCUGGGUUGGGGCGGGGGAUCUGGAUAAAUUCGUCGCGUUGGUGGGCAGCUUUGCUUGCGUGCCGCUCGUUUAUGUGUAUCCGCCACUCCUCCACGUCAAAGCCGUCGCCCGCACCCACUGGCAAAAGACAGCCGACUACGCCCUCUUCUGCUUCGGCAUCGUCGGCUGCAUCUACACCACCACCCUCACCAUCACGCAGUGGGUCGGCAAUUCGACUCUGAAGAGCCCGGAUAGGUAUUGCGAUGUUUAG